CCUACUUUCUGUUCUUUGGUAAGUUCGGGGGUUGUGAGGAAGGAUUUAAUUGACCAAAAUACACCACCACCACCACCACCCCAAAAUGUUCGCCUGUGCCCGAUUCAUUGCCCCUGUUGCCAGGACCGCCUUGGUGUCAGGAUCUCGAGCAUACAUCCGACCAAUUAGCAGUGGCUUGAUAAGUUACAACAGCCCACUUCAACAAAAUUUUACACAGACGACAUCCCCAGUUAGUUUGCUUCCAGCAGUUCGUAACUUCCAGACAACUGCUGUGACAAGAGAUAUUGAUUCUGCAGCCAAGUUUAUUGGAGCUGGAGCAGCUACUGUAGGUGUAGCUGGCUCAGGGGCUGGAAUUGGAACAGUAUUCGGCUCCCUCAUCAUUGGUUAUGCAAGGAACCCAUCACUCAAGCAGCAGCUGUUCUCAUACGCCAUCUUGGGAUUUGCCUUGUCUGAGGCCAUGGGUCUAUUUUGUCUUAUGAUGGCUUUCCUCUUGCUAUUUGCAUUCUAAACGCAUUUUAGUUAAUACCUACUCACUGCCACCAUGGAAGUGAAAACUUCUCUGGGGUUUAGGGCCUUCCAUGGAAUAAAGCUGUGGAGGCGUGACUUAGUUUCGUGCUUUUCCUUUUAAUAUUUGGUGACUUUUCGAGAUGGUGAUCUUGUAUUGCAAGUGUGUCAUGGGGUUUUGUGGACAAUACAGUUAUCCUUCCGUUUAUCAAGGCCACCUUCGAGAGAAGACCAAGAGAAGAAACGAUUGUCAGCUGAACUCUGCGGAAUUAUUCCAUGGUUUCUCCCACACUUGUAGCGGAAAUGGAGCUGCCUGCAUUAUGUUCAGCAAUAGGACAGUUUUGAGUGGGAUUACUAUAAUAAAGAGAUGAAAUCCUGUUUGCAGAGGAUAGUCAUGUGAAAUUAAAUUAAGUUUGUAACUCAUUUCUUAAUACCAGGAGAACUUCAUAUCCAGUGACUCAAGAAUUGUUUGGCAGAAAAUUGAUCCAAUUUUCAAUGUAUAUUUGUGAGGAUUUAUUACUUUGCUGUUGUGCACCACAAAAUGUAUUUGGACUCUAAUUAUUAUGUAAGAUGGGAGAGGAAUAUUAUGUUCAUUGUACAGUGUUAGAACAAGUAAAUCUUAGUUGCAAAAAAUUGCCCCAUGCAGGGUAGCUCGAACAAA